AGCAACACCACGUCGAAGAUUGGCUGUGCUGUAGCUACUCGAUGUCCUCUCUUCAUGGAUGUCAUCGGUCUUGAAUCAUGUGUCGAGCCGCUCGAGAGUUUCCUCUCUGAGAGCGGCACAUUUGUACAGCCGUGUCUGGCGGAAGGGAUAUCCUUACCAUAGCUUUCCCCGAUCAGCAACGGACCCAACUGCGAAACUCUCCCAUGGCGUUCUCCCCACCUCUUUGUCGUUUCGGCUGUUAAGCACCUUGGGAGGCCCGGACCAUCUCCAGCCUGGAUUUGCACAGAACCGGCAACUGAUGACCGAAUUCCUGGACAAACAAUGCGAUGCUAUAUCCGGUGAUGACUGGUCUAAACUGCGUCUUCAAUCUCCGUUAAAUCAGUGCUACAGUCCGUUGGAUGCGAGCCCAGACUAUCCGGACCCGAGGGUCAUAGAAGUUAAGCAGUCCAAGGGAGCGUCCAGGGGGCAGGCUGCCGCAGGCUGUAAAGAACGAAAAGCGGAGGGGCCGGAGAAAGGAGAGAAAAGCGAAUUUCAUGGAGAAGGCAACAGUGGAGACGGUCUUCAUUCGAAACCUCUACGCUUGAUUAGGCGCACGAGGUCAUCAUCAAACGAGCAAGGAACACAUCGACGUUCACGGCCAGAGGAUGAAUUGUCCGAACCACGCAGGCGCACCAAGACAACAAGUUCCACCUUUGAGCCAACACCUACUGAGUACCUGGUUGAUACCUUACAAAACGCGCAUAAGGCCCAUGGCGCCCAAAGCCGCAGCUGGGCGUUUACGACGCAAAAUACAGGCAUUAUGGCCUCUUUGACCCAAAGACAAAGGGACAAUUUCAAGCACUAUCACCGACUUUCGUUACAGGAAAUUGUCGCCGACUACAUAGAGUUGGUGGACCCUCUAUUGGAUCAGGCAAACUCCGACGUGGGCCCUGGUGCGGCAGCAGAGCUAAAUGAAGCUCUUCAAUUAGCUUUCUGCGAAGAUCAUCUCAAAUAUCUUGCGGCACGGCAGUACUCCGCCACUGAUGUGGUGGCUUGGGCAUGGGUGCUCAAGAGCAGUACACCCUAUGAGGCUACUCUUCGCGUUUUAUUCCUAGAAGCAGAACGAAGCUCAAACGAAGAUUGUUUGAUCAAGACGGUGCCCCCUUUUAUACCGCUCCUUCUCUUGCGCCAGAGUCUUGAUAAUAAGGCUUUCCGGCUGCUCUUGAUCUAUUCGCUACACCUUAUGAGCGGCCAGGCUGUCCCGACCACAGACAUUGCGAUGGAAGCAAUGACCAACGACGCUGUCUUUGACCAACACCAGGCGCUCGGCGAUACGAAGCCACUGAUUGAACCCAACAUGUGUGCAACUUAUGUGGUUCGCUUGCUCCAUCAUGCUCGCGAACUGUGGCCACAAGCUCAGCUUACUAUUGCCCGCGCAUUUGCGUUUUAUUUGGAUAACCUCCAAAAUGGGGGCAAAGGCUGGGCUGUUGCAACAGAGCGGAUCAAUCAUUUCAUGACCGACAAAUUCAAUACCGUGCUCCGGAUACUAUCGUUGCCCUGCAGGCAUGGUCCGUUUACGUCCGCCUCCAUCCAGCAACAAGCGCAGUUCGAGCUCCUUCGCGCCAUGGCGCGACAUCAGCCUGCUUUGCCGGUCACGCGUCGAGGGUACCAGGGCAUUGUUGCGGUCCAAAUAGCCCACAAGAAGACAUUAGAGGAGCGGCAGUCAGCGGAACUAAAAGCCCCGUCGUGGCCCCCUUGGAAGGAAGAGAAGAUAGGUUUCGACGUCAAGCGGGGUGUCGAGGGUAUGAAAAGCCGAGCGAUGCGAGUGCUGUCACAAAUGAAAGAGGCAGGUUAUUCGCACUCUCGCUGGGAAGAUAUAUCCAGUAUCCUAGCAGGCUGGGACACGGACAAAAGUCCAACGAUCCAAACAAGAUCGUUGACAUCUCGCCCGGAGACGGUGCAUGGACCUUCCGGGAGCCCUAAUCACACCAUUUGGGCAGCCCGAAUUCGAGCUACAAGGACGGUGCGAGAAGCCUGGGCAUGCUUCCUCUCCUAUCGCGACCAGGGUCUGCCUCCACGUGGUACUAUUUACGCCGCCAUGGCCGAGAAACUGAUCUUUCGACAGAAAGCUGUCCGCAAUAGUUCCCAUAAACGCAGCCCAGCAUUGCCGGGUGAUGGGAAGGAGGUCUUCCCGGAACCUUCGUCUGUCCGGGAUUGGAUCUAUGUCUCCACUGAGCCACCUACGUUAGAGGAUCUUCUCCGCGAAAUGCUCUCACAGGGCAUCCGACCGCGGGGCAGAUUCUUAGCCUUACUACUGCGCAAUGCACCGACCUUCAGCUCAGGCUUGGACUAUCUUUGUUGCAGUGACUUGACAAAUGAGCAGUUAGAGGCAUUGUGCACCGUCUCAGGACCAAGAUGCGGCGACCAAGCGCAAAAGAGCAAGGCACUAGAAAAAUUGCCUGACUACCUCAUUUCAUCCUUCAUGGCAUUCUUAUGCAACUUCUCUACCGUUGGACAUCGUAGUCUGGCGCAGCCCGACAGUCGUCUGGGGGAUAUGUUUCCUAUAUUACUUGGCCGUCAUUCAACGAUUUCUUCUUACGCGAUCACGCUAUUUGCAUACUCCGAAGAAUUGAAGAGACGCGAGGAUCUUCGUCAUCCAAAAAUUCUGGCGCAUGCCAUCCACCUUCUACAAGUUCAACAUUCACGGUCCCCUCAGACGUGGAUUCAAGUCAUGUCGGCUCUGGCCCGGGACCGCAUUGGGUCUUCGUCUCAUAGAAUGGGACGCCACGCCCGUUUGGCACUUUCCUGGUAUGAAGUUCUGGAGAUCGCCAGCUGGAUGGACCAGCGUCACAUCGAGCUGAGUUUGGAGGGAUUCCAGGUUCUCUGCUUCAGCUUUUCACGGGUCGUAGUUGCAGGAGUCAAGCAGCCGGACUCGGUGGAAGAAGGACUUGCGGUAGUCAGCGACGUGGCGCGGCGAGGGAGACUGACCAGUUUCCAGGGUAUUUCCACGCGAUUCGAGGAUAUGGUUCAAAGUGGACUCAGCAUCCUCAAGACCCGUUUUGAUGAGCUUGUUUUCCUGGACCCCAAGACCUCGUCUCUUUUCGAACGGAGCCGAUCUUCGAUUCAGGAUGCCACUGCAUCUCAAGUGACGGUGCCAUCUUUGUUUCACGUUCCCUCGCCUGCCGUGCUUCAUGCGUUUGUGCGAGCGCUCGGGUUUGCUGAGGACACGGAUGGCCUGCUGAGUCUGCUUCGCUGGAUGCGGCAGUACGAGCUCACGCUCAAGGAGAAGUAUGACGAGAAUAUGAAUGGCGAGAGGAUGAUGCGGCGGAUCAUUGUUGCCGUCCGCAUGUUUCUGGAGGGAUACUGGGGAAGGUCACCCCCGGCCUCCCUCGAGUGGGAACCGGGCAUGGAGCCGACGCAUGAUCUGUACGAAGCCGAGGGUCUGGGAGCGUCUGAGGGAUCAACAUUCUCGGAUGCCAGCCUGCAGGAGGCGUAUGACAUCAUCACUACCUCGCGGGUCUGGGGAUCGUGGCCGAGUGAUGAGGAGGUUUUGGAUUAUAUAGCUCACGGGGAGCAGGAAUCGCGCGAGGCCAGCGAUCGAUUUCGGUACUCUGUACAUUAGUGUAAAUAGAACUGUAACAUAGAUAGAACGGGUGCAAUAGAGC